AAAAUGAAGCAUCCCAGCUAGAACACCACACCGACAUUCUGUUUUGAAUCUCUCUUUGUAUAUUACACUGAGCAGCCCUUUUUAAAAGAAGUCUUCAGCCCUGAUAUACUGUCCUGCCCAAAUAAUGAACAAAAGCCUAUUUGUUGACGCAUUUUCUGUUUUUCCAGAAUAACCAGCAGCCUCAUAGCAGCUGCACAUCAUGCGCUAAGAUUAUGUGGUCUGUGCCAAUCCUUCUUCCUCGCCUUUCCCUUCUCAGUAGCUUGUCAAAUCCACAGUUUUCCCCAGGUGCACUCGCACACCUCUCCUGAAGCCCAGCUAAAAGAACCUGUUUAUCAAGUGCUCCUCCCUUAGCCUUGUUCUAUUGGAAAAAUGACAAGGAGUGCUUAGAGACAAACCGGUGGCAGGUCAAUCAAUAUUUGAUUGCCUUACACAUUAGCAUGUAAAUAAUGAAAGCAAAUACAAACUUACAACCAGCAAACAUUCUUGGCAUGUUUUUAAAAGCAACUGAUUUAUACAACCUGCAAUUUAUACAACAGCUUUAAAACCUUUGGCAGCAGCUGUGAAAAGGAUAAAAAUCAAUGCAAGGGGCUAUUAGAAAAGGGACAGAAUAUACAAUUGCAGUAUUGGGAAACAUAUGAAAAGCAAAAUGUCUGUGCACCCUCCAGAUGUGUUGGACUACAUCUUCUACCAUCUUCUGCCAGAGUGGGCACUGUGGUCUCAAAUAUCUGGAGGGCACUAGCUUUAGGGAGGCUGUGACAGAGAUUUGCAGAAUGACCCAUGGUGUGAAGAAUGUGGAUAUAGAUAGGUUUUUCCCUCCCUCACACAGCAUUAACUUUGGGGUCAUCUCAUAAAAAUAAUUUGCUAGUAUAUUCAGGAAAGAUAAAAGAAACUGUUUUUUCACCCAGUGCAUAAUAGGUACGAGGAAUUCAUUGCAACAAGAUGCAGUGAUGGGCUGAAAGUGAACUUUCUUUUUUGUGGGCGUUAUUGAUUGGAAACUGUGGGAAAGAAAAUGGUAGACUUGGUGAGCUUUUGGACCUCCAGCCAGUCUAGUCUCUUCUUCAAAUCCAGCUACCUCCAACCUGGUGUCCCUCUGAUAUAUUGGAUUACGACUCCCAUUUUUUUCCAGCAACAUCUCCAAGGCAAAGAGAGAAAAAAGUGGGAAAUGAAGUGUCUCCUUAACUUUCUAGAAGCAUUUCUCUUCAAGGACGAAGUGGCCUUUGAGGAAAGGACAUAUGAAGGUGGAAAGUUUGCUACAGUAGAGCUUACUGGAAAACCGUUUGAUGAGGCCAUCAAUGAAGCUGUACUGAAACUCCUCAAAUAUGUUGGAGGGAGCAAUGACCAGGGAGCUGGGAUGGGGAUGAUGGCACCAGUCUGUACCACUGUGUUUCCUGAAGAUGAUGGAUCCUUGAAGCAUAAGGUGAAAGUCUUGUUACGAAUCCCAAGCCAGUUCCAGGCAAAUCCUCCUACACCUACUGAUGAGAGCAUUCAAAUUGAAGAAAGAGAGGAAAUAACUGUUUGCUCCACGCAAUUUGGAGGCUAUGCCAAAGAAGCAGAUUAUGUGACUUAUGCAGCCAAGCUGACUUCUGCCUUGGGAGACAAAGACACUUACCAUAAAGACUUUUAUUUUUGCAAUGGCUACGAUCCUCCUAUGAAACCUUAUGGGAGACGCAAUGAGGUUUGGUUCUUGAAAAAGUGAGCAAUCCAAGAAGCCUUAAGGUGGCAGAGGAUAGGAGGAAGGCAUCCUCGUGCUUGAUAGGAUGUGUUUGCUUUUGGAAGUUGACUCAGUUUUGGGUUGUUGCUUUGUAUCAGAAGAAAGGUGAUUUGCUUUUUCUUUCAUAUUUCUUUCAUAAAAUAUGAGUGCAAUUUCA